AUGACUACUUCAGAGGGUGAUACUCCUCAUGAAGAGCAAAACGAAGGCCCAUGGGCUGUUAUUCCUUUUAUUUACUAUCAGGACUACCCGGACCAACAAGAUAACUACGUCAGAACAACGAGAUACAAAUGGUGGAGUUUUAUUCCAUUAACUUUAUACGAGAACUUCCGAAAUCUUACAAAUAUUUACUUCCUUCUCGUUUUGAUCAUGUCAGCGCUCCCAUAUUCCCCUGUGAGUUGGAUAUUUAACUUCUUACCUUUAGUUUUCGUUCUUUUGGUCUCAAUGAUUAAGUUAGGAAUCGAAGAUUACCUGAAGUACAGACAAGACAUUAAGAGAAAUAAGAGUCCUGUCAAUAUUUACAGAUUUGGCGAAUGGACUACUGUAGAAUCGCAUCAAAUUCAUGUCGGCGACCUUGUUAUGAUUAAAGCAGGUGAUACAGUUCCUUGUGACAUGUUAUAUUUAACAUCUUCGAAUCCAAAUCAUACAACAAACUAUAGUGAGACUAGCUUAAAUGGCGAGUCAGCAAUUAAGACAAUGAGCCCACAUCCAGCGUUUGAGAACCUUGAAAUACCAAAGACAUUCUUCAGAAAACAAUUUUACGUUCAUGUUGGUCCUCCAAGCGCAAAUCUCUACAAAUUCGACGCAAAACUAGUUUGUGAUGACCAGAAGUGGGGUAUCUCUAUUCAUAACAUCUUACUUCGUGGUUGUGUUAUGCAUUUUACUGAUUAUGUCAUUGGAGUCGCAUUAAGAACAGGUCAUGACUGCACAAUUAUGAAGAAUAGAAGAUCGCCACCUGCAAAAAUGACGAAAUUUGAUAGAGAUAUCAACAAAAUGAUUAUUUACAUCUUUUGUUCGAAAUUAACUUUAGUUAUCAGUCUUUCUAUCGCCAAUAUGAUAUUGCAACAUAAAACAGCACUCCUUUCUUUGGUCAGAGAUUCAUAUGGACUUGCUUUUAUCAAAACAUUUAUGCAAUUCUUUAUUUUAUUAAGCUACAUGAUUCCUAUUUCCCUUAUGGUUACAAUCGAAAUCAUCAGAGUUUUCCAUAUGUUGCUCAUUCAUUGGGAUUACGGCAUGUUCUACGAAGAAUUUGGUUAUGCAGAGUUACAUAACUCGAAUAUGAUAGUAACAUUAGCCAAAAUCACCCAUGUAUUGUCAGAUAAGACAGGUACACUAACGGAAAACAUCAUGCAAUUGGUCAGAUUCGUUGAUGAAACAGGUGCAAACAAAUCUGAUGAAUUUAGUGAAUCAGUUAAAUCAGAUCCAAACAAUCUCCAGAAAUCCCUUAAGUUCAUUAAGUGUCUUGCGCUAUGUAAUGAUGUCGUUGUUUAUCACAAUCCGAGUGGAAUUACCGAAUACAACGCAGAAUCACCAGAUGAAGCUUCUUUCGUUAAAUAUGCGAAUGAAUGUGGUGUUUCAUUGAACGACCACCAGCCAACAUCGAUCGAAAUCCACGUUACAGAACCUGAUGGAUCAAAAACUGUUGAAAAGUACACGAUUCUAUCACAUAUUCCAUUUAAUUCUGAUAGAAAACGUAUGACAGUCGUAUUACAGAAAGAAGGAUCCGAAGAAUUAGUUGUUUAUUCGAAAGGAGCUGAUUCUAUCAUGUAUCCUUUAUGUAACGAGGUUAAAUAUGACAAAUACGUUAAUAAAUAUGCUUUAGCUGGCUUCAGAACACUCGUUUUCGCUACAAGAACCCUUACAAAUAGCGAAGCCCAAGAAUGGAGAAAAAUUUGGAACUAUGCAGAGUCAACGAUCGAAAAUCGCGAUGAAGAAAUCGCCAAGGCCGCAAAAUAUGUUGAAUGCAAGCUAGAUGUCGUUGGAGUUUCAGCUGUAGAAGACAAAUUACAGCCAAAUCUUCAAGAUGCCAUUAUGUGGCUCAGAAAGGCUAAUAUUGCCCUUUGGGUUCUUACCGGUGAUAAAUUGGAGACAGCAAUUGAAAUUGGAAAGACUUCAUCAAUUAUUUUACCAGGAGCAGACACAUUAGUGCUUUCCAACCCCGAUGAAGAAGAAUUUAAAAAGCAGAUCAAUCAAUACAACUCCAAUUUCGAUGAAUUUACCGAACCUGUUUUAGUAUUAACUGCAGAAACUACGACAUUAGCAUUAAACAACAGGGAUUUGUUCAUGUCGUUAGCAACUAAAUGCAGGAGCUGUAUUUUCUCACGUGUUUCUCCAAUAAUGAAAGCAACAAUUGUAUCAAUGGUGAAGGAACGCCAAGGAACAAUGACUUUGGCCAUUGGCGAUGGUGCCAAUGAUGUUGGUAUGAUACAAGAAGCACAUAUAGGUGUCGGAGUCUUCGGAAGAGAAGGUUCUCAAGCAGCUCAAUCUGCAGAUUUCGCAAUCCCUCGUUUCAAACAUCUUACGAGACUGAUAUCUGUACAUGGAACAUGGGCAUACGUCAGAUUCCCAACUGUUGCUGUUUAUAUGCUUUAUAAGAAUUUUGUAUUUAUUUUAGUUGUUAUUUGGGCGGCUUGCGAUACAUUAGCAAGUCCACCUAACUUCUAUAAUGAGUUCUUCAUCUCCUGUUUCAACCUUGUCUUCACAUUACUCACUCCUUUCGCUUUUGGAUUUUGGGAACAAAAUCUUUCAGCGGAAGUUCUCGAGAAACAUCCAGAGUUACAUGGUUUGCAAUCCAAUCCAAUGGAAUUCAAGCAUCUUUUGUACUAUUUGUUGCUUGCCAUCUAUCAAUCCGCAAUUAAUUAUAUUAUAAUUAGAUUCUCAUUGAGAAAUAAUACAUUUGAAGCAAAUGGAUGCAUUACAUAUUAUGCUGUUGUUCACACUGUUACUUUGCAGUUAAUGAUAUGGACAAAGAACUAUAAUGGAUGUAUUAUUGCUGCUUUUUGUUUGCAAUUUAUUCUUUUAUAUUGUGUUUCUUCUAUUUAUUGUUUCCUUGUUAAUAAGACAUUACAAUCAUCAUUAAUGUCUUUGUUUGGUGAAGUUGAAGGAUGGUUUACUUUAUUUGCUGCUGUUGUUUGUGCAAUUAUUCCUCCUUUAGUUUUCGAAGUUUUGAUUGAUUAUACGAAACCUUCUCUCGAGAGAUUGAUGAAUGAGAAGGUAAAUAAAGAUAAUAGAAGAAUCAAAUAUGAUUCUCGUGUUCAAGUUGAAGAUGAAAAUGAAGAUCAAAAUCCAUAA